UGGAGUUUCUCUGAGACAAACACGGGAAUACCCAGAGAUAUGUGAGCAGUAUCUCCAAAGUCCAGGGUGAGUCAUACAGUAGGUGCUCUUAGAAUAGUCAACCUGCGUGCCUCCAGACUCAAAUGCCUCUCGGGCAGGAGGGUGAGCCGGUUGCCGAUCCUGGUCUGCUCCCUAAUUUGUUGUGUGGUGUGGUAGACCGUCAUGACAUGAAUACCCUAAGCUUGCCCCUCAACAUACGCCGAGGGGGGUCAGACACCAACCUCAACUUUGACGUCCCAGAUGGCAUCCUGGACUUCCACAAGGUCAAACUCAGUGCAGACAGCCUGAAACAAAAAAUCCUAAAGGUAACAGAGCAGAUAAAAAUCGAGCAGACGUCCCGCGAUGGGAACGUGGCAGAGUAUCUGAAGCUGGUCGGCAGCGCAGAUAAGCAGCAGGCUGGCCGUAUCAAACAGGUCUUUGAGAAGAAGAAUCAGAAAUCGGCUCACUCCAUUGCCCAGCUGCAGAAGAAGUUAGAACAGUAUCGUAGAAAGCUCAGGGAGAUCGAACAGAUUGGAGCCUCCAAAAGCUCAAAGGACAUUUCCAAAGACAACCUGAAGGACAUCCAGCAUUCUUUGAAAGAUGCCCAGGCCAAGUCUCGAACUGCUCCCCACAUCAUGGAGAGCAGUAAAUCGGGCAUGCCAGGGGUGUCCUUCACUCCGCCUGUGUUUGUCUUCAGUAAGUCCAGAGAGUUUGCCAACUUGAUCCGGAAUAAGUUUGGUAGCGCCGACAACAUUGCUCACUUAAAAAAUUCGUUAGAGGAGUUUAGGCCCGAGGCGAGUGCCCGGGUCUACGGGGGCAGCGCGACCAUUGUGAACAAACCCAGGUAUGGCAGUGACGAUGAGUGUUCGAGUGGCACGUCGGGCUCUGGCGACAGUAAUGGGAACCAGUCGUUCGGCGCUGGCGGAGCUGGCACGCUGGACAGCCAGGGGAAGCUCGCCAUGAUCCUGGAGGAACUGCGGGAGAUCAAGGACACGCAGGCACAGCUGGCCGAGGACAUCGAGGCGCUGAAGGUGCAGUUUAAGAGAGAAUACGGUUUUAUUUCUCAGACCCUGCAAGAGGAGAGAUACAGGUAUGAGCGAUUGGAAGACCAGCUCCAUGACAUGACAGACCUGCAUCAGCACGAGACGGCCAACCUGAAGCAGGAGCUAGCCAGCAUCGAGGAGAAGGUGGCCUACCAAGCCUACGAGCGCUCGAGGGACAUCCAGGAAGCCUUGGAAUCCUGCCAGACGCGCAUCUCUAAGCUGGAGCUCCACCAGCAGGAGCAGCAGGUCCUGCAGACGGACGCCGUGAGUGCCAGAGUGCUCCUGGGGAAGUGCAUCAACGUGGUCCUGGCCUUCAUGACUGUCGUCUUGGUGUGCGUGUCCACCAUCGCGAAGUUCGUCUCGCCCAUGAUGAAGAGCCGCUUCCACAUCCUGGGCACCUUCUUUGCUGUGACACUUCUUGCAAUAUUUUGUAAAAACUGGGACCAUAUUCUGUGUGCCGUAGAAAGGAUAAUAAUACCAAGAUGAAGACCACUGGUUCCUGUCCUCAAGUUCUUUUAAGUUUUUAUUUUAAAGAAAACUCUGUGCAUACUGCCAAAUUUUAAAAUGGAGGGUUGUGCCGACUGAACAUUACGAGAGGACUGGGCUGUGCGUUGUAAAUAACCGUGAUUCUCUUCACUCGGUAGCAGUUGCCAGCUCAGCCCUGUACUUGGUUAACGUGACUCUGUUUCAGAGUUCUCCCCAUGUUGCUCUUUGCCUUAAUCAGACCAGAUUUCCUGCCCACCUGAUAGCCUAGCUUGGUAAACUUCUGGUCAUUGAGCAUUUGGCACAAUUAGUAACCCAGAAGA